UUUACUAUAAAUGAAACGUAUACAUUAAUUUCUUUUGCAUUGCCUUUGCUCACAGUAUUUCAUAGCACUUCUUCCUUUUUCUCUUCAAACUCUUUCAUUCCUCCAUAAUUAGCAUGACCUCCAAACACUUCAUCGCAUUAGCAACGAUCAUACUCUUCUGUGCAAUCACCGUCAAUCAUAUGGCUAAAUCCGUCUUAGAAAAACUUUUCAACGGCAAACAUAGGCAAAUGGAAUUUGUCCCAAUUGUGGAUGCGUUAGGACCUGAAAGCGUGGCGUUUGACCGACUUGGUGAUGGUCCCUAUACCGGAGUAUCGGACGGUCGGAUCAUCAAGUGGCAAGAAAAUGAACAGCGAUGGAUCAGUUUUGCCACGACUUCCCCAAAAAGAGAAGGGUGUGAAGGGCAACAUGAUCAUCGUGAAACAGAGCAGAAUUGUGGGCGCCCAUUAGGCAUCUGUUUCAGCGAGGCGACAGGUGAUCUUUACAUUGCUGAUGCAUACAUGGGGCUACUAAAAGUUGGUCCUGAAGGCGGCUUGGCCACUAGGAUAGCAACACAUGCUCAAGGCAGCCCUUUCAAAUUCAUCAAUGGUUUGGACAUCAACCAAUCCGAUGGAUCCAUUUAUUUCACUGACAGCAGUUCUCUUUAUCAAAGGAGGAAUUAUAUCCCUCUAAUACUAACCGGGGAUAAAACGGGAAGGCUGAUGAAAUAUGAGCAGGAAAGCAAACAAGUGACUAUUCUUUUAACCAAUCUUUCAUUCCCCAAUGGGGUGGCAUUAGGCAAAGAUGGCAGUUUUCUUCUCUUUGCCGAAACCACCAAUUGUAGAAUCAUGAGGUACUGGUUAACAACAUCAAAAGCUGCAACUCUUGAAACUUUCGCACAACUCCCAGGAUUCCCUGACAAUAUCAAAAGAAGCCCAAGAGGAGGGUUUUGGGUGGCCAUGCAUUCACGAAGACAUAUGAUUAUAUCGUGGAUUCUUUCCUAUCCACAAGUAGGCAGUGCUUUGAUUAAACUGCUGCCCAUUGACAUUAUGAAAGCUUAUUCGGUUUGGUCCAAGUGCAGCGGGACAGGAUUGGCAAUGAGGCUCAGUGAGGAUGGCGAAAUUUUAGAAACGUUAGAACAUAAAAGUGGAAAGACAAUGAGGUCCAUGAGUGAAGUGCAAGAGAAAGAUGGCCAUUUAUGGAUUGGAUCAAUUAACAUGCCUUUUAUAGGUUUGUAUAGGAUAUAAAUUUUAAUUUUUUUUUCUUUGGAAGGUUAUAACUUAUAACUUGAUAAGAUGAAAGGGUAUCCCAAUGAAAGAAAUGUAUAAAUUUCUGCUAUAAAGUAGCUACAGAGUUGUGGACAGAUCUAGUUGGAUUAUAUACAUGUUAAAUAAAUUC